AUGCUGUUUGGGUCGUUGUAAAAGCUCAAGUCAAAAGCAGAGCAAGUAGCAAACGAAUGGAUGCAUUAAUUAUCCUUUUAGGAAAGGGUAUCUUACAUCUACUAGAAAUCAGCACUAGCAGAAAAUGAUGCUGCAAAAAGACUUCCUUUACCAUUAACUUAAGCAGAUAAGCUAUUUUAGUAAUCAUUAAGUGUGGAAACAUCUUUUGAACUAAAAGUUAUCAAACAGCUCUUUUCAAUGGUUAAUCUGACACCAUCAGGUAUGAAAUACGCUCUAUCAGGGCUGACUGAAUCCCAAAGAUUAUCUUGA